AUGACUGGCCUUUGGAGGAAUGAUGCUAAAGGUUCAGAUGAUGGUAUCUAUCUCAUAGAGUAUGCUAAGUGUUGUGUUGCGCCUUACGGCAUGAAAGAUGUACCAGCAUCCUGCAAGACAGCCAACUGGUGGGGAGUUCUUGAUAGGUAAUUUGGCAAGGAAUUUUUAGGCUCAUUCAUUCUUACGUUAAAGAGAUUAAUACCUUUCUUAAGUUUUUAUUUUCUACCUCACUCUCCUUUUUUUUUAACGAUAGCAAUAACAAGUGGGCAACCUGUCCAGAUGGAUACUUCAUGGGAGGUCUUUAUAGGACAGUAGACGACCCUUGGCUGCACAACAUCGAAGAGGCUCGAUGUUGUAAGCCAGAAGGCUUGCCAGAUAGAUAUGCGGACUGCUAUAUUGAAAAUGUUUGGGGUUCGUUUGAUGGUAAAGGACUUAGCGAGUGCAGGCGAGAGGGCUACUAUAUGGCUGGAAUAUUCAGAGGGGAUUGUGACAAGCUGUACUGUCUUGAGGAGUUUAAAUGUUGUCGAAUGAUAGGUAAUUAAAACGCGAUGAUAUCAUAAAGCGGGUUGAUCAUCGUGGGGAAAUUACCGCGGGUGAAUAUGCUGGGAUGAUAGCAAGGCAUCGUGGUCAUUAUUCAUACAAACCAGCCUAAAUCCAAUGUUCAAGGUGCUACGCCCCACUCUUGCAUACUUCUUUGAUGUCAAAUUAUCCCAUUACAGCUCCACACAUGACUGCGCACUGUUAACUAUUUGAUGAAUUCGAAUUUAAUCUCACUUAUUCUAAUGCAAAGCCAUUUUGUGGAGCUCAAGACAUUUCCUUUACUUUCUUAGCUAUUGAAGGCCCGCCCAUGCAAGCUGAUGAAACAAAAAGCAAAGAGUAAUUCCGAAGAACCAGGUAAAUUUUAAUUCUUUUAUCCCUUUUGCUUUGACUUUGGGUUCUUUUAAAUACAAUGAAGUUUUCUCCGAAAAGAGGAAAAACAUUGUUAAAGACUUUGUGUGGCGUCAUGCUCAUAACUAUGGAAAUCGUUUCUGAAUGAACAACUGAAUAAGGAAUUAAAUUUGACAAACCAUUCAAAUAAAUAGGGCGAGCUCAAUCGUAGAAUUCUGAACAUAAUUUUAUUUAGGUUUCCUCUCUCUCUUCUAGAUUCCGCGUGCGGUAGAGGCUAGGUGAAGGGUUAGAUGGAAAUUGUUAACGCAAAAGUUUUGAACGUACGUCUAUGAUAAAGGAACGGUGUUGCAUGGCAUCAACAAUAAACGUAGUGUUACUUCAAAUUUCGUUGUAAGAAUGUUGUUUUACUAUAAGUAUUUCUAAACCUGCACGUUAUAACCUUGGUCGUGUGUUUUCAAAUACAGCGGUCAAACUUCUGUGCAUGUGUGAACUUGUAAUAGCAGGUGACUCUCAGGCUUCUCAUAAAAAAAAAAAAAAAAUUUUUCUUGAUAACGGUCGCAACGAAAGGUUGAUCAUCAGAUACCCACAAAGUAAAAAGCUUUAUGUUCGGGAAGUCUCAAGUUUUUCCUGUACCCAACCAUUUUUGUAAGGCGAGGACCUAGCAGCCGCUGUUCAGCAAAUGAGCCGACUCUUUUCCCCUCUCCUCUCGAGCGGAUUAAAAAAAGCGGCUGUUCUAGAGUGUGAUACAUUUUGGUUUAGCAGGGUAUCAACAUUUGAUCUGAGGAAGCCAAGUGAAAGGAUUUUUUUUUCUUUUUUUUUUAAUUCUUAUUCUCUUUCUCUCAAAAGAGGAACACCAUGAAAUAUACGUGCACCACUUCUGUCAAACAUAAUCAAUUUAUUAUCACUAUUUACGAGGGUUUCGUUAAUCAUUUUCAUUUCCUUUUGAGAAAAGAAAAAGUUUCAAUUUGAGCAAAGCAAACUUAUUCGUCAACAGGUAUCACUUUCACCAAAUUAGUUUAAUUAUUUUUAAGAGAUUGUCGUGUUCCAUUGUCUCUUCCAAGAUUUAGGAUCCUCAAAUACAACCUAUCAAGAUAACAUUUCUACAACCCGAAGUUAUGCUGAAAAUAUCCAAUUUGAUGAUAAUAAGAUUGGCAACAGAAUCUGAUAUCGCUGUCGAGCUAAAACAUCCACGACGAGAUGCGAUUUCACAAUGUAUUUCAUGAAGUCGAUUUUGUAAUUUCCCACUGAGUAUAACAUCGAAGUAAAGACCAUUUCAAUUUUAUUCCUUUCUUCGUUUAAUCUAAAGAAUAAAUGUUGUAUGCAGUGACUGAUAUAUAUCUCGCCUUCGAUGGUGUGCUCUACAAUAACGAUAACAAUUACGAUGACAAAAAGAGCAAUUUAUCAAGCAUUGUUGAAUAUCCAAAGUAUAAAAGUAUCAAUAUCGAACAUAGUGCAAUUGAACAUAGUCAUACGGCUUCAUGGCUGGAAUAUGCAUAGACGAUUUUGACUUGCUACAUCGUCUUGAAGAGCUUAAAAGAUGUAAAGAAUUUCAAUAGUAAGUAAUCUCUGCUAUUUAUUACUUUAUUUCAUAUAAUUUUAUUCAUUUCUUUCUUCACUUCAUUUUAUUUUAAUUUUUUGAUAAUUCUAUAGUCUCACCUCUGCGAGGGAUCUUGCAGGUUAGAAAUCACGAUGCGUCCUUAUGCUUGGGGUGACUCCAUUUCCAUAAAAGCAUUUUCCUUUGCUUUUAUUUUUUAGAGGAGCCGAGACAACGUUUUACUUUUGCAAAUGAUCUUGCCAGCUUAGAAAUUGGUACUCCUUAACAGACACGAGAUGAUCCCAUUCUCAAUGCAAAAAGUAACAAAAUAGCAGUAGGUAAGAAAUGUUUACUAAAAUCAUCAGUUUGGCACGUUGUUAAUCACUUUCUUCAGCUUAGAGGUUAGAAACCUAUAUAUUAGCCCAAGUGAUUUGUCACAUUUUUUAUCACCUGUAUUGGAUUGUUAUCUUAGUUUCAGGUUUUCAUUAAUUACUUGAACGAUCAUUUUCUACAGGUCUAUGCGACUUAUCUACAUGGCCAUUACAAUCGAAAGCAUUUAAGCGCUAUAAAUGCACUCUCUCUUAAGUAGAGUUAGUUUGAUCAUUAAGGGAGCUAGGCCAGCGUUUUAACUUUCAGAAGGAUCUUGGCGGUUGAGAAAUCAUGAUGCUUUAACAAGCUUCAGAUUGUCUUAUUUUCAAAAAAUUAAUUAGAAAACCUUGACAGUGUUGAUAAUGAUGAUUAAAAAUUUUAUUAGCCUCAUUAAAUUGUCAGCUCUCUAUUUAUUCACCUGCCUUUUAUUAUGAACCAGAUAAGUGUUAUUUACGCAGAGAUUGCCAAUUUUACUUCUCGUUCGAAAUAAAUCAAAUUGUCAAUAAAUACUUCGCGUAGAAUGUCCCAAGUGUAAAUCAAAGUAAAGCUUGGAAGGUAGGUUUCUCUUCGGCAUAAAUUUGCGAGAUUGUUCGUAUGUUGUGAUCUUAGCUUCUAUGUAUCCGCAGUGAUAAUACAUGACACCCACAACUUUUCCCAAGAUUUUGACCCAUGUAUUCUGUUAAGAAUAACUACAGAUAUCGAGGUUCGCGUGACAGCCAAUUUCGCAUGGGCUACAUUGAGCUCUUUCAUUCGAAGCGAAAUGGCAAUGUGAGUAAUCGAAAAAUUAGUAAGUGAAAUGGCACAAAGUAAGUUCGGCAAUUAAAAACUUCUGGGAUCUCAAACGUGUGAAAUUCAUAAACUGUUGAGAUUACUUCUUUAACUAUUUUAAUUGAGGAAUGUUAGGCUUUGACUCACACCUGAGGAGCCAUUUCUGAGAGUUAUUUAGAUCCCUUCUUUCCUUCUAACGACAGGAGUAAAACAAAAAAUGAUCAAUUGAAUUUCCGUACUCUCGUUAAAUUUGAGAACUCUUUCAUAGAAGGUUUAGAAGUCACACGAAGAAUGUCUCUUACAGCUGGCUAAAUCUAUGAAUUAACUACUUAAACUCACAUAAAGUACCAUUUGUGUUGCUAGAAAUUGGCAUUCUUAGAAAGAAAAUAACUCCUUAGCAUCUUUAUAUAUAGGUACGUCAACAAUGAGCAAGUCUUGAAUUUUAUCUUCAGACGUGAAGGUUACUGGCUCCUAUCAUGGUAAAAGAAACAGAUGUAUAGAACCCGCCAUGUAUUCAAUAUCUUGGAAAGUUUUUUUGCAAACCAGUUCCUUAAUUGAUCAUUUUUUCAAAUGUUGCUGGAGACUAGUUUUGUCUCUUGAAUGGAUUGUUAUUCAGUUUCCAGACGUGUUCUCACAAAGAAGAAUGUCAACAAAUUGGCAUCAUGUUCAUAUUGAUCAUUUUUUUUUGGCUUUGCAGCCAGAGAGGGAUGGUCUUAUUUUGACCGAGAGGGAAAAUCAAUACAUAACUGGUCUUUGGAGGAAUGAUAACAAGGGGUCAAAUGAUGGUAUCUAUCUCAUAGAGCAUGCUAAGUGUUGUUUCGCCCCUUACGGAGUACAUGCGCAAGACAUACCAGCAUCCUGCAAGAAAGCCAAUUGGUGGAAAGUUCUUGAUGGGUAAGUUGGCGAGAAGUGUUUAGACUGUAUUAUUUCAUGGUUAAAAAUCAAAACUUUUUUGCCACAUUGAAGUCUUUAGUUCUUACCUAAUUUUCUUCUUCUUUUUCUAUUUUUUAUUUCAUUUUUUUGCCGGAUAGCACCAACAAGUGGGCAACCUGUCCUGAUGGAUACUUCAUGGGAGGUCUUUAUAGGACAGGGAAAGACUCUUGGCUGCAUAACAUCGAAGAGGCUCGAUGCUGUAAGCCGGUGGGGUUGCCAGCAAAAUAUGCAGAUUGCUAUGAUGAGAAUGUUUGGAGCUCGUUUGAUGGUAAAGGACUUAGCGAGUGCAAGCGAAAGGGCUACUACAUGGCUGGAAUAUUUAGAGGGGAAUGUGACAAGCUGUACUGUCUUGAGAAGUUUAAGUGUUGUCGAAUGAUAGGUAAUUAAGACGUAAAGAUAUUGUACAGAACGUAAAUUAUCGCGGUUUAAAAAGCUGGGAUGAAAGUAAGGCUUCCAUUGGAACAAACCAGUUUUGAUUCAAUGUUCAAGGUGCUUUACAUAACUUCACAUUGUUAAUUAUUUUGUAAUUCCUCUUACCCUCGUACAAAGCCAUUGACGAGGAUUUCAAAAUAUUUGCUCUUCUUUCCUAGAAAUUGAAGGCACGCACAAUCAAGCAGAUGAAACAGGCAAAGAGUGAUUCUCAAAAACCAGGUAAAUUUUACUGCACUUCUUUGUUUUGCUUUGAAUUUUGAUUGUUUUGGUUGUUUGAUCUGCAAGUUUGAUUUCUGUUCAAUUAAAUGAUUCUUUUUCCGCAAAAAAGGAACAACAUUGUCAGAGACCAAAGGUGUCAUCAGGCUCAAAAUAAUGACAAAUUUGUCGUGAAGUCUCACUUAGCUUCUCUGCGGCAGAGCGACAUAAUCGAAAUCUUUGCAUUUGUUUUAUUAUCUUUGAUUUUAUAUAUGUUGUACUAUUACAGCAGGGAAUGUAAAGUGUAAAAAGCAAGUAAAGACAAACUUUAAAAAAAUGAAUCAGCUCAUAAUAAAACGUAAAAAAGUAAAUAUACGCCGAAAGUGUGCUUUCGUGUUCUAACAGGAAACAUGGUCUCGAUAUCUCGAAAAUCGUUCUCUUUAUGGACAAAUGACCAAGUAAUUAAUUAGAAUUCAUCAAAUAAAUAGGGCGAACUCAAUCAUAGAAUUUUGAAUAAAACUGUAUUAGUGUUUCUUCUUUCUCUUCUAGAUUCGGCGUGCGGUAGAGGCAAGGUGAUGGGUUAGAUGGAAAUUGUAAAGUUUUAAACGCAUGUCGAUUGUAGGGAAACAAUAUUACGUGACAUCAACAAUAAAUGCAUUGUUAUCUCUACUUUCCCCUUGAGACUGAGGUUGAUCUUAUUACUUAUCACUACACCUGUACGAGGUUCGAAUAUGACCUGGGGUAAACGCCAUACAUCCACUCUUUAAUCAGCAAUAUAUAAUGAAAAUUGAUGGAAAAAAAUGACAAAAUCAUUCAGCGAGCGUGCCAGGGUGGCCAAAAAAAACCUACGAGAUAGGCAAUAGCGUAUGUUUUCAAAAACAGCGGUCAAACGUCUGCGCAUGUGUGAACGUGCAAUAACAGGUGGCCAGCCUUCAGCUUGUCUUAUUGGAGAUAUGAAAAUUAUUUAACCCCUGACAGUGACCAGUAUCUCAUUUCUUCUUAAAGUGUGACUGUUUAAGCAAACGUUAGGGUCAUCAGAUUAAAUGAAAUAAUUACCCUUAAAAUAAGCCCUUAAAUUGUCCUGAAAAGGAUCGAGAGCAGUGCAAAGAAUAUGCACACCGAUGUAAGGGUGAAAACGACUUUCUUGAAAAAGCUCAAAAGAAAAUAAAUACCCAUCACUUUUCUUAAGCGAGGACCUAGCAGCCGCUUUUCAGGAAAAGGAGCCCACGUUCCUCCCCCUCUCCUCUCGAGUAAACUCCAAAGAGUGGCUGUUGUUGAGUCUGGUGCAUUCUAUUGUUUGCCAUGGUAUCAAUAUUUGAUCUGAGAAAGCAGCUGAGGGUGACAGCCUUUUCCCUUUUUUUCUGAUUUUUUUCUUUUUUUCUCAUUCCCCUUCUGUCGAAAAAGGAACACCAUAAAAAUACGUGUGCCACUUGUAAUCAAUUUAUUUUCGAAAUUAACGUGGCUUUCAUCAAGGAUAACAUUUUAUUUUUUUCCUUUCCCUUUUGAAACAGGAGCAUUUUCAGCUUAAACAAAGCAAAUAUAUUUGGUAACCGUUAUUGACUCAGGUUGAAUCUACUAUAUUACUUUCGUCGAGUCAAUUGUAAAAUUGUGUAAGAGAUUGUCAUAUGACAAACAUCAGGUUUUCUCUUUUGAGACGUAAGUACCUAUCAUCCUGCUUAACAGGUGAAUACACGCUCCGAAACCCUCAGAAAUAUCAUCUUCUUCCUGCCGAAAUUGAAAAUUCAAGUAUCUCUUCAGGCGCGUGCGUUGUUGUUGUUAACUACUGUGAAGACAAUUGUCUCUUUCCUGGAUCUUAGAGCUGAAUUCGAAGUGUAUUUAUAGCUUUCAUGGCUUCGUCACAGCAGAGGGUGAGGAAAUUACAGUGUCCCUUUCGAGAUUUAAGAAUAUUAACUACCAACUAUCAAAAUAAGAUUCCCACAGCCCGACGUUAUUCUGGAAAAUAAUUUGAUUACGAUAAGAUGGCCUACAGAUGUUGUUGCUUAACCAUUCACGAUAAGAUGCAAUUUCUUCUCAAAACUGAAAAAACAAGGAAAAGAAGCCUUCCAGUUUAAGGUUCACGUUUUUAAAACUUUAAUCACGGCACUGUUUUGCCCCAUUGUUUACAUUUUUAUUUCGCGUUGAGCAUGUAUUUCAUAAUUCUAUAAUUUCCCACUAGUAUAACAUCGGAGUGAAGUCCAAGGCGUUGAUAAUGGUUUCUAUAGCACUGGUGUCGUCCUCUCAUUCGCAAGAGGUUGCAGGUAAAUUUUAAUACUUUGCUGACUUAAAAUGUUUCGUUUUCUACUUUCAGUUAAUUUCUUUUUAAAUCCGUAGAUCAUAAUUCUCCCCAAUGACGGAUAUCUCACCUUUUACUGUGUGCAACUGUUGCACCACUCUCUCCGAUCUGUUCAAACUGAACCCUAGCAAAUACAAAGAAACAAUGUCCGAUCACUAGUACUGGACACCAUAGUGGAAACAGAGGGGAAAAAACAGAUGAUCAACAUAACUUUCCUUAGAUUGAAAAAUUCUGGGGCCAAAGAUAAGUCCACACACUUUGGCGAGAAUUAUGUGCAGUAGAAAGAGGGCUUGAGAUCCGUGGUGGAAUUAACGAGUCUGAUAAUAAUGGCAAAAAAAAUUGCAAUAAGGAUGAUGGUGCAACAAUCACAAGGAUCAUGAUGAUAAAAGUGAUAACAAUGAAAAAAAAAAAAGACAAACCAGCAAUAGUGCUAAAAACGACAACAGUAAAAAUGACGAUAAUAGUUAUUGCAAUGAUUACAAUGAUUACAAUGAUAAUAGUAAUAAUGGUAAUAAUAAUAAUAAUAAUUAUUAUGAUAAUUAAAAUGAUGAUAACAAUAAUAAUAAUAAUGAUAACUCAAUGAUAAUAAUUAUUAAAAUAAUAAUGAUAGUGAUAAAAAUAAUAAUAAUGGUUAUAGCAAGGUAAAAUAAGUUUGCUUCAAUUAUGCAGUCCUUAAAAAUGUUUUAAGCAUUUUCUUAUUUUUCCUUCAAAGUGCGCGACUCAGAACCUCAGUCGAAGCAACUCACGCCGAUUCCUGAAUUUAGGCCAAUUGGCUGUUUCGUGGAUAGCGGUGCAAUACCUCGACCAAUCCCCAAGCUGGUUGCUAAUUUCCGUGGUAACAUUGAUUGGCAUAAUCUGAAUAAAACCGUGCUGGAUUGUGCUCGACGAGUCAACUCAAAGGGUUUCCGUUUCUUUGGUAUUCAGUUUUAUGGCGAAUGUUGGAGUGGGGAGAAUGCUGAACUUACUUAUAACAAGCAAGGAACCUCUAAAAACUGCUUCAGAGGCCUUGGAGAGAGAAAGGCCAAUUUCGUGUAUGCUUUUGUGGUGAAAGGUACAGCUUAAUUAUCAAAUUAUAGAAUACUAACAAAAAUAAUUGCUAUUCUAAAGAGGUCAACAUCUUCGGAGCAAAAAUUUAGGAUAAACUGGAGAGAGAUAUUCACUAUACUGGAACAUUUAUUAGGUGUCAGGAAUUUUGAAAGGAAUGAGGCCAAGUUUGAAAUAUAUUUGUACACCCUUUCAGACCAAACUAUUACAACCAGUGAGAUUUAAACUAAAUUAAGAAAAAAAUGAACUGGGAUGAUAGAGAAGCUAGAAAAUUAGUACCCAGAUGUCAGGGCGAGCGUCUUGGCGUGGAAAUUAAUUUCCGUUUAACAUGGUCUUAAACACUUUCAGAUGUUUAUUUUUCUCUAAAAUCUAAGA